AUGACAGAGAUUCAGAGUUUCCUCGAUUUAGUCGAUUAUUAUAGGAGGUUCAUUCAGGGGUUCUCAUUGAUAGCUACUCCUCUGACUCAUCUGACUCGUAAAGGAAUCAAGUUUGAGUGGGAUGAUGUCUGCGAGAGUCAAUUUCAGAAGCUAAAGAACCAGUUGACCUCCGCUCCAAUUUUAACACUUCUUAUUAGUGGGAAAGAAUUUGUGGUAUACAGUGAUGCCUCUAAAUUAGGAUUAGGGUGCGUGUUAAUGCAGGAUGAGAAAGUAGUAGCUUAUGCUUCUCAACAGUUGAAGAAGCAUGAAACAAAUUACCCUACCCACGAUUUGGAGUUGGCAGUAGUAGUCUUUGCAUUGAAGAUCUUGAGGCAUUACUUAUACGCAAAUGCCUUGAGUCGUAAAUCAUCAUCUUCAUUAGCAUCACUUCGGAAUUCUUAUCUUCUGAUGGUACUUGAGAUAAAAUCUUUAGGGAUCCAGUUGAGUAAUGGCGAGGAUGGAACCCUACUUGCUAGUUUUGUUGUUUGUGUCCCUAAGGAUGAUCAAUUGAGAUGGGCUAUUUUGGAAGAAGCUCAUUCUCUCGCCUAUGCUUUACAUCCCGAAAGCACCAAAAUGUACAAGACUAUCAAGAAAAGUUACUGGUGGCCAGGUAUCAAACGAGACAUAACCAAGUUUGUGAUGAAAUGUCUCACAUGCCAACAGAUCAAGGUGGAAUAUCAGAAACCAUCAGGUACUCUUCAGCCUCUACCUAUCCCUGAAUGGAAGUGGGAGCACGUGACUAUGGACUUUGUGUUGGGUUUACCGCGGACGUAG